CAGACCGGGCGGGAGCGCGCGCAGAUCCGCCCUCCAGACGCCAUUUCUCGGACGGUGUGUUCGAUAACGCUGGGAAAGAACAGAAUACACAAGGAACAAACUAAAUAUAUUUUCGGUCGGGUGGUAAAGUCGUGCGUCCUAAAAGGGAGCAGCGCAUGAGGCGGGAAACUUUUCAGAAUUCACUUUACUUGUGAAUUCGUUUCGUGUGAGACGUGUUGCGGGCCGCCAUUUUUGUUACAGGCUUUGAAGUCUACUGGGAGUCGAAAUAAGAGACACAACUCGGCUGCACUUUGGUCUAAUACACGAACGAGGACUCGUUUUUGGACGCAGCUACCUAAUGUCGCCUAAAACCGUCAUGCAUAGCGAUUUACUAACAUAAUACGGCAAUAUUUCCCUCAUCUUGAGCGGACGGCGGCUGAAGACCGUUAGCUGGCUAAUGGGUUAUAUUGUUUCAUAAUAUUCUGCUGCUUUCACGGAAGAGAGAGCGGAAAGGGGAACUUCAAUUCCAAUUACGUGUUUUGGGGGUUCGUUGCUAACUUUAUUCGGUUGUUUUUAACCUGUUCUGAGCCCGCCGCGAUUCUUGUGUUGCUGGAAAAUUUUAGCAAUGCAUCAAAGUUGGUUGACGCCAGUCGCAGCCUGUCUGGUCAAACGUCAGGUUGCGGUUCAGUAGGACUGUCAAUUUGGCUUGCCUUGGGUUUGACAGCAGCUCACGAAACCACUACUAGCUUACAUAAGAAUCGAAAAUUGCCUUUUUAGUUGAUCGCUUAUUCGUUUUCAGAGGUGUGCAGGUGUAUUUAUUGACGAGCAAACAUGUCGUCUGCACGAUUCGACUCCUUGGACAGAGCCAGCUGGUAUUUCGGGCAGGUCUCGAGACAGGAGGCGCAGAAUAGGUUACAGGGACAGAGACACGGGAUGUUUUUGGUGCGAGAUUCGUCCACUUGUCCCGGUGACUAUGUACUGUCAGUGUCCGAAAACUCUAAACUGUCUCACUAUAUCAUCAAUUCUUUGCCAAACAAGAGAUUCAAGAUAGGCGACCAAGAGUUUGAUAAUCUACCUGCCCUUUUGGAGUUUUAUAAAAUACAUUAUCUGGAUACGACCACCUUGAUAGAGCCUGCACCAAGGUACCCCAGUACCCCUCUAACCACCGGUCCCAUUCAGCCAGCCGGGGGACACGGAGAUGAGAACCAGGAGUAUGUUCGAACUCUUUAUGACUUCACUGGUAGCGAUGCAGAAGACCUUCCUUUCAAGAAGGGCGAAAUCCUGAUUAUUCUGGACAAGCCUGAGGAGCAAUGGUGGAGUGCCAAGAACAAGGAAGGACGAGUAGGCAUGAUUCCUGUUCCCUACGUAGAAAAGCUGAUGAGGCCUUCACCUCAGCCUGGUCAUGGUUCACGCAAUUCGAAUAGCUAUGGCAUCCCGGAGCCUUCACACGCCUAUGCCCAGCCUCAGACUCCAUCUCCCCUUCCCCCUGUCACGCCAGGCGCUGUCAUCAACCCCCUGCCUUCAAUGCAGAAUGGGCCUGUCAUUGCAAAGGCUAUCCAGAAGCGAGUGCCCUGUGCAUAUGACAAAACUGCCUUGGCACUAGAGGUGGGCGACAUUGUGAAAGUGACUAGGAUGAACAUCAGUGGUCAGUGGGAAGGGGAGGUAAACGGCCGGAAAGGUUUAUUCCCCUUCACCCAUGUGAAAAUAUUGGACCCCCAAAACCCAGAUGAGAAUGAAUGACCGGGGCCUUGCUCUGUCCAACACCCUUUCAACACCCUGGCUACCCCACCAAGUCACCACCAGUAUUACGCUUGUCUGCCUUGGGGCUCAGCCGUGGCCCAUUUCUCAAGCAAACCAUUUGCGCGUCUUCUGACUGCUUACAGCUUCGAAAUCAAACGGUUCUUAAUUCUUGAGGGAUCGGUAUUUUUUGUUUUUUUGUGUCUGCCCUUAAUGUCCUGAUAUCUCCAUGCGAUUGGCCAUCUUUACCUGUGCCAAAGUGAGAUGAGGCCUCUGUCGUGACUUUAUCCUAUCUUGCCACUGCCGCCCCAGAUUUAUGCCGUUAGUAUUGACUUUUGCAAGCUAAAUAUGUUUGUGUAUGAAGAAAGGGAAUAUGAACUGUGGAUUAAACCCAUCUGGCUUGAUUGCCAACUGUUUACUUGUUUGGUCCAAUAUAAAUGUUUUCCCACAUUGAAUUUAUUUGUUUUUGUUAUAUUUAAACAAUCCAAAUAACAGUCCUGAUAGUUCAUUGCUGUGGUAGUUACUUAGAGACAACUGCACCACUUAGAAACAGACUCACCAGUUACACUUUCUUUUUCCUCAAGUAGAAUAUGUGGGACAAGUCUACUGUAGCCUUUUUUGUUUGUGCCAUAAUAACUUGAAAUCUGUAAAUUGCAGUAAUAGUGUAGCUAGAUGGUUAUGGCUAGACUCGAGGGGGAUUUAACUUUUAAUGGUGAAGGGCUUGCCUUUGAAGCAUCAUAGCAUCCAGUUGUGAUACCUUAGUGAUGUGAUAUUCGGUCUGGGGAAAACAUUUAUUUAAUGCCAUUGGACAAGCUGGAAAUUUCGCCUGUGCAAUUAUGAGCUCAUCUCUUCAGAACUGGAUUCAGUGUCUGACCCUACACUCAUCAUUGCCUUUAAUUCUGGUGUCAGUGAAGUCAAUGAUAUCUGCUUCUUGACUGUUACUGCACAUCACAAGUUCUUGGCCAUAAAGAUAUUCAACUUUGAUGGUUUUUGCCCAGUUAUGAUUUAGUAUCUCCACAUCUUUUAGGAUUUGACCAUCUGUAACCAGUAUCGUAUUUUUUUUGACAGCUGUUGAAUCAAGCAUUUACUGUGUGUUGAAUAAACUGGUGUGAAAACUUUGACCAGAGGUAAUGUUUCUAAAAAGGGAUAAAAAAUACCUGCUUGUGGCCUCUGUGCAUGACCUCCCGGCCUCUUAGUUCAAAAGCUGCUUCAUGUCAUGUUUCUUUUCCUGUUUGUUAUUUCCUUUUGAAAUUAGUCCAUCUGUUGUCUGGUUUUCCUUCCCCAGCAUCAAGUUAAGGCUAAACAUUCAUGUAAAGCAAUAGACACCCUUAUCUUUUAGAAUCAUUCAAAUGACUUAAGGUUUCAAAAGCAUAAGAUUAUUUCUUUUGGAAAGGCUAUAACAGUAUUACAGUGUUAUUGUUUCACAUUACACAAUAUUCAUGCAAUCUCAUAGGUUCAAAAUGAAAAGUUGUGCCUUUUUAUUUUCUUACACCAUUUACAUGUGUUAAUAAUAUUUCUCAUGGUUAAAACCCGUGCUGGUAUUACCCAUUAUGUACAGAACGAGUAAAUAAAAUGUAUGUCUACUUC